AUGAACCGCGUUUUAAGAAAAGGUCAACUGUUGAUGAUUUUAUUGGCCUCAUUAUUAGUGACACAGACUUUGGGUGCCGCUAUCUACUUACCGAAGGGCCCACACCAUGUCAAACCAUUCCAUAGUGACAAGCCCAAUUUGCAAAGAAGAGGCAAUGAGCCCUUUUUCGAGAUAGAUGUCAAAAGCUUGGAUGUAAACUCGCCCAUAUCAGAGUUGUGUAAGAAAGAUUUGCAUGUUAUCGAUUCUGCGCAGGAACUUUUCCAUUUACAAAACCAAUGUGAAUUCAUACUGGGAUCUUUGCAAAUCACGAACUAUGACUCCAAUAUUUUGAAUUUGAAUAGUCUAAGAGCCAUCGGCGGCAAUCUGAUUAUUCAAGACUCGCCUGAAUUGAUUAGAAUCCAAGCUAGUAACUUGAACAAAAUCGAAGGACUCUUCCAAUUGCAAAGACUAACAUCUUUGGUUUCUGUUGAAAUCCCAACUUUGAAUUUUUGCCGGUCGUUAGAAUGGAAAGUCGUUCCCAUCUUGAACUACGUGUCCAUGGAUUCUCAAAAUAUUGAGAUCGUUAAAGAUAUUAUCAUAUCGGACACUUCGCUGGCCAACGUCGAGAACUUCAAUAAGGUCCAAGAGAUUGACACUUUCAAUAUCAACAAUAAUAGAUUCUUGGAAACCAUUCAUUCGAAUGUCAAGACCAUCAGGGGCCAAUUUAGUGUUCAUGCAAACGCUAAGGAAUUAGAACUUGAAAUGCCAUAUCUGAGAGAAGUGGAAAACAUUACCAUUAGAGAUACAUCUUUGGUCUAUCUACCACAGCUAACAAAAGUAAAGAGUUCUUUAGAGUUCAUCGAAAAUUACUUUUACGAAUUAAACCUGAACAACUUGCAAAAAGUUGGCGGGACUUUGGGAAUUAUUAACAACGUGAACUUAGUGAAGAUUGACCUCGAGAAUGUAACGGAUAUUCAAGGCGGCUUAAUGAUUACCGAUAACGAAUCCCUGGAGGAUAUUACUUUCUUGCCCAACUUGAAACAAAUCGGUGGAGCAAUUUUCUUUGAAGGUUCAUUCAAAGAAAUAAUGUUCGACAGUUUGAAACUGGUGAAGGGCAGCGCUCUUAUCAAGAGUUCAUCGAGCCUCUUGGAUUGUAAUAAAUGGACAAACCCAUCAAAUGGAAGAUCAAUCAUAAGAGGUGGGAAGUUUACCUGCAUUUCUGGAAAGAAGGAAAAUACGUUGAAUGUGAAGCAGGAUGGUACAAUCGUAGAAAAGGGCUACAAAGAUUUAACUCAGGAGAGUGAGGAUUCCAAAAGAAGAGUGAUUUCAAAAUUCACGAACUCAACGACCGUAAGUACACAAUUGAAUCUUCUUCUUCUUGGUAUAUGUCUUCUUGCCAUGUUGUUUGUGUAA